GACAAUCAAGCCAUCUACAUCUAGAGGACAUAAACCAGCCAUCUACAAUCUACGAGGACAUAACCAGCCAUCUACAAUCUAGAGGACAUCAGGGCAGCCAUCUUCAAUCUCACUGUGUGUGAAGCUAUGAGGGGAGUUGUCCUUCUCUUCCUGCUGUCUCUCUGGCCUGGAGGCCAGGUGGAUGCUAUCAAUCAAGAGGUCUUGGCUAAUGUGGUACAAGAGAUGAGAAGGUUCGGCCUGGAGAACCGCCAGUAUGCCAUGGCUGUCAGACUCACUCAAGAGCAGUGCCAAAAUCAAGUAAAGUUUGACCUAAAUCCUCUCGAUCCUCUCAAUGUCCAGAACAAACUUAAUAGUAACACUAUCUACACAGGAAACCGGCUCAUCGCAGCCACACCUCUUAUAACAUCUCUUUACACAGACCAUGCUGAGUACCGUCUCUUGAGUCGUGGUAAUACCAAAAAAAGCCCAAUGCAGACUCUGAUAAAGAAAGCUGGUCGUAAUGCUGGUCAAUGCAUCGUCUUCUUCUCCACCUACUCUCCCUGUCUGGAGAAAUGCAACGGCCCUGAUGGAGGAAGAUACAAUAUUAUCCAAUUCAUGAACGUCUUCAAAGGCUUUGACAACAACCAGAAGGCCUUUGUCUUCUCCUCGGUUUGGGACCCUACAAGGACCCAUCCAGGAGUGAACAAACACUCUAGGCAGGAGGUGUUUGACUCCUUCAAGAGAAUAGAUGGAYACCUCCCUGUAUAUCGWUGUGACAGAUUCAAGGAAAACAAUAAAAUGGUCAACAGAUGUUACCAUUGUGUCACUAAUCCUGAUCCUCUGACAAAUAAAUGUCUGGAUGGAUACCAGUAGUGUACACUGUCUGUAUGGAUACUAAUAGUGUACACUAUCUGUAUGGAUACUAAUAGUGUACACUGUCUGUAUGG